GGCUGCGGCGUGGGGCGCGCGGAGCCGGGGAGCGGCGGGACCGGGCUGGGCGGCACCUGCCAGGACCCCGGCGGGGAGCGGAGCACCCCGGAGUCUCAGGCGGGCGGUGGUGAAGCUGUGCAUGAUCGUACAGCCGCUACAGCCGCCGGCGGGACGCGGCGAGACGUGCCGCAGCGCAGCCCGGGAGCGGAGGGUCCCGGAGCGGCGAGCGGGAGCGCUCGGGGGAGGGAGAGCCCCGUGUCUCUUUCCCACUGCCCCAGUGGGUGACGGGCUGUGCCUGGCUUCGGAGCAGGCUCUGCACUGACGUCACGAUGACACGGUGAAGCCGAAGACAGGAUCUGGGGAACGCUGCUUCUGCUUCAGUUUUGAUCAUCAAGUGAAUUUGUUGACACUGUGUUCCUCCAGCAUGGCUAAGAGUGCAGAAGUGAAGCUGGCGAUCUUUGGUCGAGCUGGCGUGGGCAAAUCAGCUCUCGUUGUGCGCUUCCUGACCAAACGAUUUAUCUGGGAGUAUGACCCGACUCUAGAGUCUACAUAUCGUCACCAAGCUACCAUUGACGAUGAAGUGGUUUCCAUGGAGAUACUAGAUACAGCUGGUCAGGAGGAUGCUAUUCAGAAAGAAGGACACGUGCGAUGGGGUGAAGGCUUCGUCCUGGUCUAUGACAUCACGGACAGAGGCAGCUUUGAGGAAGUUCUACCACUCAAGAACUUGUUGGAUGAAGUUAAAAAACCCAAAAAUGUCACUCUGAUCCUGGUGGGGAACAAAGCAGACUUGGAUCACUCCAGGCAGGUCAGCACAGAGGAAGGUGAAAAGCUGGCCACAGAACUAGCAUGUGCUUUUUACGAGUGCUCUGCUUGCACAGGAGAGGGAAACAUUAUGGAGGCCUUCUAUGAGCUCUGUCGUGAGGUACGGCGUCGAAAGAUGGUCCAGGGCAAGACUCGGAGACGAAGCUCCACCACGCACGUCAAGCAGGCUAUUAAUAAGAUGCUUACCAAAAUCAGCAGCUAAAAAGAUCUGUACUAAGCCAGAAAAGCAUUAUAGAGCAUAUUAGCUUGUGGUAGGGACAAGGCAGGCAGAGCACAUUUAAUAAAAAAUGGUCAAAGCUUUGCUAUUAAAAAAAUAGAAAACUGAAACCACACCACUUUUUGAGUAGCAUGGAAUCAGACUUCUUCCUGUUUCAAAAUGUAUUAUAGCCACACUGCUUUGGGCUAACGUGGAAAAAACAAACAAACAAACAAACUCCAAAGGACUAAAUGAUUGUGGGGGUUGGCACUCACAGAGUAUUUUCUGCUUCUUCAAGGCUGGCUCCAAUCCCCUGCAAGUCAGUAGUGCCUAAACAUCAUUCCCAGCCAGCCAACUGCUCGGUAGCCACUUACUGGGAGAGUAACUCAGUCUUCAGUCCAGCAACAACCAUCACAACUGGUAAUCUCAAGGACUGAGGCUGCUGUGUUGCACCAGAAGGUUCAUCUGACACCUUUCACCAGCUCUAAAUUGGCGCAUUGUGUGCUUUUACUCCAAACAGUCCUUCCUUGUUGUCAUUUUGUCAGAUCUAUGAGUGCUGAUGUUCUUAGCGAGUUAUGCAAAAAGUACAGUAAAUGGUCUUUUUCAUGGAAUGUUUAGCUAGCAAGACAAACAUUUCAAUGGAGCUAAAGUUCAGCUGCUUUUUGAGAUCCUCUAAAACUAGAGAAUUCAUCAAGAAAUAAUCAGCUAGUCCAGUGGCAUUUCAGUGUUUCCUCCUUGAAGUACAGUUCUGUACUUUGGGAAAUGGGAGUGUAUGCAUCAGGAGAUUAAGGAUAACCACAUUUCUGUUGAUUUCAUUAUGGGUAGUUUUUAGCUUUUGUUUACAAUUCUGUUUUGGAUUUAUUUCAAUUCAAGUAGUUUCCCUUGCUCUAUCUUCCACUGAAAAAAAAUUCAAACCAUAGGAAGUCAAAUGUUUAAAUUCUGAGCCCGAAUGUAUGUAGGCUGCUCUGAAAGUAUCGCCUGCUAUUUUUUUUUCCAUGUAAAGUGACAAAAACUACAAAGAGCACAAUAGCACUAUUUCAUAGAGAAAAUUCUCAGCUACAUAACACUACUUUUCAACACAGUUACCACCGUCAGCUGAUUUAUGCAGAUGAGUUGAUAGGGACACUCCUCAUUUCAUGGUGUGACAGCUGUGCAUAGCCAUCUGGAACAUGGCUUGUCUUUCAUGUCACUGUCACCACUGCAGAAAUGCACCACCCACUGCGUCAUUGUGCUGACAUACACUGUUUGGUCUCCAGAAACAUUCAGCAAGUGUCCAUGAAUGUCAGUUGGUGCCAUUUUUUCCACGUGAAGGAAUUCAGUGACACACCGUUGCCUCAUACACACUUGCAUGUCAGAUGCCAUUCUUUAAGACUGCCCCUCUGCUCCCAUCUGUCACACGGCAACAAAAUGUAACAGAAUAUUGGUGGGAAGGUUCAGCCACUACUGCCAUACCACCUCUGACAUUGUGGCCAACAUAAUAGAAUAAGUGGUAUUACUAUUAGAGCAGCCCUCGUGAAUCAGUUGUGAACGGCCUUCACCAUAUCAAAAGGCCCUAAUUUCCAGUUGUUUAACUUCCAGAUGUUGCUUGAAGCAUCUGUGGUUUAAACCAGCAGUUUUUUUGUGGUUCUAUCUGGCAUUUUCAAGAGAAAGUGCAUUUUAUCAUAUUUUGUUUCUUGGGAUAAAAGGCAUUCAGUUUUUUUUCUCCUGUUCUUCCCUCAUGUCUCAUAUUGAAGUGAGCUAUCAAGUUUUCCUCUGUCUACUUGUCUUAACUGUAGUAGUGAAGUCUUCUAGAAGAAGAGAUACAGGAACUAUCACUGGAAGAUGUUCAGACAGUGCUUGCCUCACCAACGAUGUUGCAUCCCUUUAGACAUCUUUGUGUGCUGCUCAAACUGACAUCAUGUAGAACCACAGCCAAAGGGUAGGUUGACAAAUGAGAUUAUUAGCAGUACUUUAUUCUGAAGAAUAGUCCUCUUAUAGCAACUGCUUACAACUUUAUUCUCCACUGCUUUGGACUUCAUAUGGUUAUUCGCCUUUGUGAGGAAAUAACACCAAAAGGCUAUCAAAUCCAAUUUGCUAUAGAUGUUCAAGAGUGAGGAUAUCUGGUAGGACAGCACUUCAUACAGUUGUAGGUAGCCAUAUAAAUGAUGGAACAUCUGUUGGAACAUUGGCUGGAGAACCAAGUCUGUAUCCCCAUGGACAGAGAAAUGUCCCAAGUACAAAAUUCUCAAAGCACUGGCUUAAAGAUACUUACCAAAGUAACUUUUUUAAAAAAAAAAAGAAAAAAGUUUGCAUUAAUGAAAAUCACAUUCAAAUGUAUUUUUGCUGUUGUUUAUUUCCUCUGUUUCCCAUUGUAGAUAGUGAAAAUUCAUUCCAGUCUUUCAGAAUCAAUAUUUCUGUUUUGGUCCUCAUAUUCAGGCACGUUGCCAUACAUCAGCUACACACUCUGCAAUCGAAAUGACUGUGUGCUUCUGGACAGGCGGUUUUGGCAACAGAUCACAUCACUGUUGACACAUUUGUUCCCAAACUAUUGGUCAUGCCUCUAACUGUUGUAAAAUAAAUAAAUAAAUGAAAUAAAGAGGAAGAGAGGUUUAGCCAAUUUUUAAUUCUGUUAGUAAUAUAGAAUCAACACGAAUGUGAGAGUUAAAUGAAUGCACUGACAGUCAUUAGCUGAAGGUCUGAACUUGCAUACAUGUACGUUACAACUUUAUGAGAAAGAGUAAGCAUUUGCAAGUUCAGGCACUAAAUCAGUCUGUUAUCUUUCACAUCAGUGCUGUUGUAUGAAUCUGCAGCAAACAAAAUCCUUACCUGCAAUCCUAUAGGAAUGCAGCUGAUGGGGAAGGUCAUCAUGUUAAUAUUGUAAGCAAUGAUUUAUCCCUCUCUAAGACAACAUCAACAGCUCUUUUCUCUGAAAUCCUGUCUUAGAUUUCAGAGUAGAGAAGCAUUUAAAAUACAAAAACAUUAAUACAUGAAUUACAAGAAAAAAUAAAGAAAUCAUAUUUGUAUUAAGAGAGUUGAAAGGAAGGAAAGCCUAAGGUAUGACCAUAAUACUUUCCAAAAGAAUCCCAGUGAAUUAUAUAUAUGUAGUGUUAUGGGGAAGUUAUAAAAUCUCCAUGAAAGAAAAUAUUCCACUGUGCAAACAUUAUUUGUUACAUAAAGAACCUCUAAUAAAAAUAGUAACAUUUCUUUGCAAAGACUGAAUUUGGAAACUGCCGAACAUGAUAAACAUUCAGUCAGAAAGGAGGCUGCUAUUUUAUGACCUUUCCUCCCACACAAAUACGAAUUUCUUUACUUAAUUGCUCCUUUUUUUUUUUUUUCCCCCUCGGUGUAAUAGGCUGCUUGACAAACCAAUUAUAGUAGAGUCUAUUAUAAUCUAUUGAUACAUACGACAUAGCAUUAAAUGCAAUUUGAUCUACUGUUCCUCACAAUGUAGCAAUAUAAUAUUGGCUAUGCUAUAAAUGUGUCGUAUUUCUACAGUGUGCAAAUUGAGCCCCGGCGUGCGCAAGCACUGGAAAGACCAAAUGCAACAUGAAUUUGCAUUCAGUAGCCAUUUUGCAGCACAUAUCAACAGCUUAAAUUCUGUUUCUAAUGCUGCUAUUUACAUAGACAAUGCUAACAAUUGGUUCCUCUCCUCUGCUCUUUCCAUUUCGGCAGAGGGAGGACAGGAAGGAAGAAAAACUAAAAGGGGGAGGAAAGGUGAAAUGGACACUUGUUACCUGCAACAAGUUGAUUGUCAUUUAUGAAGUUUUUAAAUAUUUAUCUUCAAUUGAUGAAGAGUUAGUCAUGCCCAUGCUGUGAGACCUGGAUCAGGAACCAAGACUUCCCUAGAACUUUGAGAAUCUUCAUAUCUGGGGGUUCGGUGCAACCAAGGAUGGAAGUGAGGGUCAGCCAUUGAAUUUGCACCUGGAUCCAGACACGUUGUCCCCAAACCUGGGGAUGGUUGCAUCUGGCAGUUUGCUACAAGGCUAGUUGAUUUUUAUAUAUAUAAUGAUCUGUAUGCAUUUUUACAUUAAAAAUAUGAAAGCUUGUGCUUGUAGAUAAUAUAUAAGAAAAAAAUAAAAAAAAAAUGUGCUGUCCGUACUGAACUCUUUUGCAUUCAUUUUCUGUUAGUUAUCUCCAAAACGCUGUUGUGUAGCUUUCAAAUGAUCAUUUCCAGAAUUCCUGAGUCAGGGUUUUUACGCUUUAUCUUAGAAAACAAACAAUGAAUUUUGUCUGAACAAGCA